GCGUCUAUUUUCAUUUUCGCGCAUACUGCUCAGGCCGCUUCGUCUUCUUCUCUAGCGUGUUCUUCGAUGCAGCCUUGUUCCUCGACUCAAGAGAAGAAGCGAGCACAGUAUCAGGCUCUUCGGCCACCUAAUGGACUUCAGAGAACCUGGGUCUCGGCUUCCGGUGAACUUCGCGAUGACAAAAAGCUAGUCAGCAUGAGCAUACCGGACCUCAUUUCUGAGCUGCGAACUGCAACUCGCACACAACAAUUUGACCAGGUCGAGCAGGUUUUGGUCGCUAGAGAGGCCCAUCUCAAAAGCGAGGCAGACAAAAUGAGGCAGAUUUUAGAGUUUGAGAGGUUGGGGAGGAUGGAGAUCGAGGGCAAGUUGAAGGAAUGCCAGGGACGAUGUGAAAAGUUGAAGAGGGGCGAAGAGCUGUACGAGAAAUUGUUGGCUGCCGUGAAGAAGAAUGGGCUCGAAGAUACGACUGUUGAAGAGCUUAGGGCUAAGAACAGAAAGUUAGAGGGUGAGCUCGGGAUAUGGAAGGAGAAAUUUGUGGAGCUGAAUGAACGGCUUUUGAGGUUGGAAUACGAAACGCAAUUGUUGAUGAAGGGACGAAACAAUGUGGAGGGUUAUGGAGCUGAUCUUGGGGUUAAUUUGGAUAUGAAAGAGGAAAGGGAAACUGACGGAGUCCAUUUUCAUGGCGGUUAUUCUGGAAACAACAAUGCAGAUUGUAAUGUUUCACAAAGAAAUGGUGAUACUUGUGCAGGCAUUGGGCAGUCCUCGAGCAAUCCAAGCAAGAACGUAUCAGCUAGUGGAAGAUUUGGAACCAUCAUUGAGAUUGAAGACAGUGAUGAUGAUGAUAAAAAAGAAGGAACUUCUCAAUUUGUCAGAAAUAAUGGGCAUCCAAGUUUAUCAGCAGCGAGUGCCCAGCAGAAAAGCAUUCAAAAAGAGGAGGAUGUUAUUGGGAUGUUAAAAAGAAAAUAUGGGUCAAGAGAAUCUACACGCCAAUUUCAGAAAGAUAUGUUGCAUAAAGGGUUAGAUGAUGAGGACUUUCCAGUUCCUGAGUCUUCUGAGAUGAGACGAAUUCUUCAGAGAUGGCGUGCUCAUCAUGCAGUUGACAAAAGAAGCGAAGUUUAGGCUGCCAAAGUCAUUUAUUGAUUUUGAUCAGGGAAGCAAACCUUUAUCAGUGCCUCUUUCAAUUGGUGGAGGUGAAGCCCUACAUUCUUCUUAGAUUUGAGAACAAUUUGUUACAAUUUCAUAUAUUGAUUAUGAUCAGGUCUGCUAAAGGCAUCUCACAAUCA